AUGUUUAAUUUAGGAAAGAGAUUAUCGACACCAUUCGGGAUUUUAGGAGAAGAUGUAAAACUGUCAUUCCGUACCAAAAAGUCGGGUAUAGCUAGAUUGUUCGAAAAUAGAAAUAUCCCGGACUCAGAUGAUGCGUAUUGGUCGCAGUAUUACUUGCUGUUCGAUAGCGCUUCCGAUGUCAGCAAUCUUAUAGUACCACAUGAUAUUAGACGCGCUUUAUCCGAUGCCCCAGAGAAUCUGUCGACGCUGUUGAUCGUCCUCAUUAAGCGCCUGCAAUUCUUGAUGAUAGACCACACCUUUCCUACCGAAGCACCUGUCAUCCCCGCAUUCUCAUCUUUGUAUCCAGGCACAACCCAGAGAAACCCAAAUAAGGAGGCCCUUAACUGCAUACGGGUGCUGGCCCGCAUCCUGCCCGUGGUGUUCGAAGGUGACGCCGAUCAUGGCAGGGUCGAAGAACUAUUUUGGAAGCGUACGCCCAAAGAACCAUCUCCUGAACAAGUUCAAGUGGAUCAAUCGAAGCAGUUUGUUAUCGACGAUGAAGAGGACGAAGAUGUCCUUAAAUCACCCAAGUCUCCUACACCUCAAUCAAUACCCCACCAGGCCGAUACUGAACCUUCGUGGGGUGAGAGGUUAAUGAAUUUGGCUAUCGACCUUCUCUUCUGUUGCGGAUUCACUAUCCCUAAAAAAGUCCAGGUCGACAAUCAUAAGAUUAACUAUAUGAUUUGGGUCAAAGGGAUUGGGUCAGCUUCAGACAUGGGCACCUCAAGGGACUUGGAGAGCAACAAAGCUGAAGUCCUCCGCUUACUCCUUGUCCUUCUUUCCAAGCAAAUAUACAUACCUCCGACCGUAACCCUCUCCAUGAUCACUCCAGCUCUCUCAGUAGCGACCCAGCGGACACCGCGUCGACGUGUUUUAACCCUGUUGUGCUCACUUCUCAAUAUAUCCCUGCACCCGCCAAAUUUGUCGCCAUUACCACUCUCGUCUAUGCCUUAUAACCACCUAGUGACUCGCGCCAUGGACGCUGAUGCAGUUCCCGAACUUGCGAUUUCUGCUCUUUGCGUACUAUUGGAUUACCAAAGCGGCGACGCCCGUGACCGCGUCGCUGGUGGUGGAGAGGCGACCGAGGAUUCGGAGUGGGUCCCAACGUCCAAGUCGAACGCUUUUAGAUAUUCGAUUGCAAAAUUGCAUCGCGCCAGUGAUUUUGAAUUCGUGUUCGAUGGAAUUCUUUCCAUUUUGGAGCAGAACAUGGUUGCUUCACACGGUCUCUUGCCUGGUUCAAGGAAAGGGGUUCCCUAUUUGGUCGAACUCUACGUUUUUCUUUGGAAAAUGCUCGAUUUGAACAAAAAAUUCCGUGCUUUCGUUAUGGAUUCGGACAAGUGUGUCGACCUUAUUGCUUAUCUACUAUGCACAUGCCUGGAAAUCAAGGAUAAACCACAAACCCAGGGCCUGUGCCGCGCACUCUCAUACAUCAUCCAAUCAAUGUCAUCCGACUUUGCAUUAGGGUCAAAGUUACAUUUGCCGGUAAAAAUAGCAGUCCCGGCAAAAUGGUCCACACCAGGGACGACAUGUGAUUUCAUGAUCACUUCAAUAUAUUCGAUCGUAGCUACAACGUCUGGCCAACUUACAUCCCUAUACCCAGCCCUCAUUAUUACGCUCUCCAAUGUCUCGCCUCAUCUCACUCAACUCACCAUAACAGCUUCAGCUCGGCUGAUAUCGCUUUUGACGGCGUUUUCGUCACCUUUAUUCCUCCUUGCUGAUGAGUCUCACCCUCGACUAGUUUACUUCAUUCUGGAGGUUUUCAACAACGUCAUCGCACACCACCUGCAGGACAACCCCAAUGUGGUAUACGCACUACUUCGAGCGCGAAAUGUUAUCGAGGGACUCGGUGUUUUUACGCUUCGAGGCGCCGUACGAGAAGUAAGGAGACGAGAGGAGGCCGCUAAAGGUUCGAAUAAAGGAAAGGCCAAGCUGGUACCUGGUACAGAAAAUCCUGACCUCUCCAAGGAAAAACGGGACUUAAUCGAACGAGAACGAGCCCAUUUAAUGCCUACGCCCGAAGAACUCGAGGGUGGCCUUGCUGGGGUAGACGAUGAGCCUAUGGUAACGAUCGGCAUGUCAGAGAAAGCCCGUGGUAAACUAAGAGAAGACGCGAAUCCGAGUCGUAAGGAGAGCAUAGAUUUAUCGGAAGAGGAAGAACUAGCUGCUGCUGUUGCGCUUGGGAAGAAUGGAUUUGUGCCAACGCAGGAAUGGGUUUCGUCCUGGCAAAGAGGGUUGCCACUUGAUGUUGUACAAAUCGCAAUCGCUGAAUUAGCGCCUAAGAUACACGAACUACAGGCCAGUGGGAACCGUGCAUCAAGCACGGCUGCAAUUCUUGACUUGUUGCGAUCAGCGAACCUGAACCAUGUGUUACCUCCACCUGGUCCACUGGCCCCUCGAAAAUUCCAUUGGUCCGAUGCUUCACUUGUAUGGCUCAACUCACUUCUCUGGGGUGAGAUAUACGUACGAGGAACAACACCUCUCAGCAUAUGGAACGGGACCAACGUCCGUCUGUUCGGUGUCAAGCAUACACCACAGCCUAGGAGAGUGGCCGAUACCGUACAGACAGUCAUGGGAGGAUUUUGGGGAGGUGCCAGUGGAGCAGGGUCUUCAAACACCCAAGCAGGGACAGCGACACCACCUGCUCCCGCUCCAGGGGGAUCUUACAAAAUGGCAAACCUGGAGCAAGCUAAUUCGGCCAAUCAAUUAGGGCAGAUUAGUGGUUUAGCUCGGCGUAGCGUCCAAGCAAUCUCGGAAAUCUGUCAUACUGGAAUCGACGGUUCGGGGGGAUCUGAGGCAGACAUCCAUUCCACCACUCGCACAGAAAAUGUUACAACAGGCAAUGGAAUUGCUACAAAACGUAUUAGAGGACUAAAAGACCGGAUCAUCUAUUUCUCUCCUUCCUGGUUCAGUGUUACAAUGGGAACGGGGGUGAAUGCGAUUUUGCUUUUGACACUACCGUGGCCAUCCAUACUCCAAGUGGUACGACCUAUCGCAGCGUGUUUCUUAAUCUUGGAUAUUGUUCUCUUCGUCACGUUCUGUGGAAUCAUCGCUACCCGAUAUACGAUGCAUCCUGAGAUCAUUGGCUUGACAUUGGGUCAUGCAACGCAUAGCCUGUUCCUGGGAACAAUACCCAUGGGGCUGAUUACAAUUCUCGGAGCCAUAGGACUUGUGUGCACUCGAGCAUAUAAUUUGAGUUUGGAGUGGGCUCUAACCGCGAGCUAUGGCUGGUGGUUCGCGUGGGUCAUGUCGGGAGCAGUUGGUCUUCUCGUUCCAUGGAUGCAAUUCACAAGCCACAGUAACCGACCCGAAACAGUGACAGCUGCGCUUUUGUUACCGGUGGUCCCAACUAUCACAAUUGCGGCUACGGGCGCCACAUUAGGGAACCUCCUAGUCGACAAAUAUCCCGAAUAUGUUUUUCAUAUGUGGAUUGCAUCUUACAUUGCAUGUGGAAUUGGAACUUCUCUGGCUUUAAUGAUCCUUGCUCUUUACUUACAACGACUUGCAUUUCACCAUCUUCCGGCUACGGAUGUCAUUGUAACGGUAUUUCUUCCGCUUGGCCCCACUGGCCAAUCAGGAGUUGCUCUCUGUAACUUGGGACGUCUAGCUGUUUCGUUGCGACCCUACCUUCUCUCGAGACCCGGCCUAGAAACUCUUGCAUCAGCCGUGCAUGGAGUAUAUGCAUUAGGUAUAAUCGGUGCCUUGUGUAUGAUGGGACUAGGACUAUGGUAUUGGGCUGUUGCAAUAUUAGCAUUCGGUAGUCGCAUGGGUGGGGGAGAAGUCAAACCUGAAUUCAAUAUGGGGUGGUGGGGAUUCACAUUCCCGCUAGCAUCGCUUACACUUUGUGUAUUGGCUCUGGGCACCGAGCUUCAUUUGAUGUUCCUCAAGAUUCUCGGAACAAUUAUGGUUGGCAUCGUUAUCGCAUUAUGGAUACUUGUAACUAGCAAGACCAUUCAGGGAAUCGUUUCUGGAAACGUAUUUCAGGCUCCUUGUUUGGCCGGACUUACUGUGCAGAGAAAAAGUCAUCUACUGAAUCAGGCAUGCCCAGAGGAGGAUAGGAGGCCCGACUACCGCCGCCCUCUUUGGCUACUUGGAUUUGGUAUAUUCAUAUCUUCCAACAUUCUCGGCUCUCUCUUCCAGAUCGCCUCGCUGCCCGUGGUUAUCCUCGCUCCACUUGGAGCAGUGUCCUUAUUAUGGAAUGCAUUCUUCGCAAGGUUAAUCCUUGGAGACUUGUUCUCGAAAUACAUGGUUUUGGGAACUCUUUUUGUCGCGACUGGGGCUGUACUAAUAGCAGUAUUCGGGAUUGUCCCCGAAAGAACACAUUCACUUGAUGAUUUGCUGCGUCUAUUCCGUCGAACAACAUUUGUAGCAUAUUUUACUCUACUCGGAUGCGCCGUUAUUAUCGCGCUCGUAGUCACACAUCUAGCAGAAUGGAAAUUGACACGUCAAGAAGGCCGUAUUCGUCUAGAUGAAUCUAUCCCUACACCCACACACUCACCAACCCAACCCGAACGCAAUAUCGAAAGUGGCUCUGAACAAGGUCCCUUAAUUGACCCCAAGCUGGUGACUACCGAGAUCCUAGAAAAUUCGGCUAUCCAACAACCCUCUGCCGUUUGGAUAGCCAUAUCUUACGCCUUUGUGUCUGGUCUAUUGUCUGGAAUGUGCUUGAUAUUCGCAAAAUCAGGAGUAGAACUACUGGUGCUCACAAUUGAAGGCCACAAUCAAUUCUGGCGGUGGGAGAGCUGGAUAUUGGUUCUCGGUCUUGGAGUAUUUGCAUUGCUUCAGCUUUGGUACCUUCACAAAUCCUUGACCUAUGCCGACCCCACACUUGUUUGCCCCCUGGCAUUUUGUUCUUACAACCUUUCGAGCAUCAUCAACGGUCUAGUCUACUUUGAUCAAAUCUCUGAGCUAACUGGGCUGCAGCUCACUUUAGUCAGUACUGGAAUUGUUGUGCUCCUUGGUGGCGUCUGGGCACUCUCUGUGCAACAAGGCGGAGGUAUCAAGGAAGGGGCAUGGGUGGAAGAAGAUUCCGACGAGUCAGAAAUCGAACGAACGUUGGCCCAUCACGAUACUUUCAGUGGCAGUGAACACAGCCUCGAACCCAUUUUGGAUGGUUCCCGACCGCCCGCCCUUUCUCCCGACGCAGUUGAUGAAAGCUCCGAACAGAGAUCGUCACAGAGCGCGCCUCCCCGUAGCCCCUUGGAUGUACCACCCCGCAGUCCCGCUGCUGGCCCUAUCCCUAAAUUGCACAUACGGACCGGCUCGCUUGAUACGUCAUCUCCACCUAUUUCUCCACAACGGCGCUCUCAUACCAGGCCACGCUAUGGCACUCUGCUCGGUGCAGAAGCACCUCCGAGCGCACUCGUUACCCCUGGAUUUUCGAUCGGUCUUAGCCCUGUAUCUCCUGGCUUUGCUUUGAUUCCCAGGGCACGCCGGAGGCUCGGUCUACGAAGCAUUAGCGAAGGAUUUUCGGUGACCACUGGGCCCUCCAAUGAAUCUGGGGCAGGCAGCGGAGAGGCCCAGGGAAGCACACCCAGCCCUGGACGGAGAUGGAGGUGGAUUAGGCGUGCUAAUACUUCACAGAAACAAGGCCAUAGUAGUACUUUGCCUCGUUGA